GGGCAGCCAGCUGGGGCGAGUUAAGUGGCGGCGGCGGGGACCGGGACCGCCGGCUGCCCGGCUGCCGCUCCCCAGAGCUUUAGCCUUGGCUUUUUUGAUUUCUUAUUUUUUUCUCCUCCAUCCUCGGCGUUUGGCACUUUUCAAACAGCAGCGCCCCGCUGAGCGCGGCGCGGACCGAGCCGCCCCGGGGGCGCUGCAGGCGGCGGUGGCGCGGGGAGCGAUGCUGCCUGCCCGCCCGGGCUCCCCGCCGCCCGCCCGGGCUCCCGGAGCCGCCUGACCCGCGGGUAAGGGAGCGCUGCAUGCAGGCGCGACCCGGAGGCAGCGCUUGCCAUGUGUGCUGGUAGCGCCCGGCUGCGGCAGCGCCCGGGGCCCGGCACCGGGUAGGUCGGGGCGGCACCGGGCACGGCCCCCGCCGCCACCAUGGUGAAGGAGGAGUGCAAGGCGCUGCUGGACGCGCUCAACAAGGUGACCGCCUGCUACCGGCACAUGGUGCUGACCAUCGGCGGCACCUCGGACUCCCAGAACCUGCGGGAGGAGCUCAAGAAAACCCGGCAGAAAGCUCAGGAGCUGGCGGUGGCCAACAGGAACAAGCUCACCACGGUCCUGAAGGACAAAAGCGUGAGUAAGGAAGAUAAAGCCGAGUUCGAGAGACUAUGGGUGAUUUUCUCCACGUGCCUAGAGAUCCUGGAGAUCGAUAUGAGGAGAGCCCUGGAGCUGGGCCACGAGUUCCCGCUGAACGUCCCCAAAAAACACCUGAUCCAGACGGGCAUGAGCGGCGGAACCUCCGGCGUGGCCGCCCGCGCCAUGAGCGUCCAGAACAUGAAAUACGAGGCCGAGCACAACAUAGACGUGGUGGAUUUGAAAGACCUCGAGAACGAGAUCAACCAGGUAGGAGAGAUGAUGUACGAGAUGGAGAUGAAGGUCAAUGUUCCCCAGUGGACAGUAGAGGCUAAGCAAGACCCAGGGGCUGAACUGAAAUCCACCAUCAGCGUGGGCGCUUCCUCUAUUGGCAUGAUCUCUGUGGAGGAAAAUAAAUCCUUCUGCGAUAUCAGCAAGGUUCUAGCUGGGAUUAUUUUCACUGCUGUGCUCAUUAUCGCUAUUGUCCUGGCAGUGUGUGUGGUAAAACUGUCUUAGGGUGGUGCAAGCUCUGACAGGAGCGACCCCUCUCCAGCCUGUCUCUGGAGUGUUUCAUGCCUCACCUUCACUUCCAAAGUGUGUCACUUGGAUGAGCUGAGAAUUUUAAACGAGCACUUGAAAGAACAAAGCAGAACUUUUGCCUCUGGAUAGCCUAAAACGCACUAUUUGUUUCUUCAUGCUUUUUGAAGAAAAGGGAUGCAAAUCAAACUGCAGAAUAGAAUGUCUUCGUUUACUGGACUUGUAACAGUUAAGCGAAGUACCAGGGUAUUAUCACUACUGGCUGUAACAGGGAUUUGCCUGCUAUUAAUAGGUCACUCUUCUCAGAAGCCUGUGGUUUUUGUUCUUCACUAGGCUCUGGUGUUUGCUGCUGGUCACUGUUUACAGUAUUGGAGGGUAACAUAAAUUUGAUGGCUAACAUGGGUGUUUAGUCUGACCAAAUGAAUAGAAUGCUUUUUUUCCAUCAAAUAAAAAACGUAUUUCUUGAGCAGAAGAAAGGGCUAAGGAUGAAAACCUCAAUAAAAGAAUGGAGCCAACCUCUGUUUUAAAUAAGUUAAUGGUUGGGGAGGUGGGAGAAAACAGAAUGAUGUUUGAUACCAAGUACUGUUUGUUGAUUUAGACUGGAUUGUGUGGAACCCAGUUGCAUGAAUUGGCACAGCAUAUGUCAAUGACUAAUCGCUUUCCAAGUCCAGAGAGAAAAAAGGGAGAGUUGCGUAUUCAGAAAAAUACUAGCAAGCCUCAUGGUUUUCAUUCACAUUUACCACGAUUUUAUCUUUCCCUGCAGAAAGACUGAUUCUUGCUACUGAUUUUAAUUUUUCUUUCUGAAGCAGCAAUUUGUACUCCCUGAUUAACUAUGAGAACAGAAGCAAUGAAUCUACCCACAGCAGCAGAUGCAGUCACAUGGGAAAAUAGAUUUUAACAAAGAGAAAUGAUGUUGUUAAAGCAGACUUUCCCAAUGGGAUCCCCUCUCCUGUUGACAGGGAGGGACUGAUGCUUGUAUGUGUACAGCCACAUUUCUGCAAGUUCCCAAACUGCAGAAAUCCAGACAAAGCUAAAAAUGUAUCUCAGUUUCACAUCUCAGUCAUGUCUGAUUAAUCAUCUGGGAAACAGGAAGCCUGUAGGAUUGGUCCCAUUUGAUAACACUACAAUUCUGGAAGGGAAAUGCAACAGCAUAAAACUUUCUAGUGCUUCCCUGUGGAAUUGUCAACAUUUUCAUAUAAAACUGUGGGAACAUACACUUACUUAGCAGAGAAGCUUUACAAUAUUUUGUAAAAAGGAUUUAUGUGUUAUGGUAUUUAUUAUUUACUUCUGGAAAUACCUUCUAGUGCUGUGAACACAUACUGUCCAUUCAGGAAUGCUUGGUACAUGUGCUACAGUGCCAUAGGUGUAUGGGGCACUCCACAGCCAAAUAUAAAGACCCCAAAAUACUGGGGGUUUAAGAAGUAAUUUUUCUUCAUUGACUAUUACAGGAACAUUAUCAAAAAGUAAUAAUCUGACAUGUUUUGUGAACAGUCUUCAUGCUUGUUAAAUAAAAUUGACAACAUGCAUAAACACCUAGUAUUUUUUAAUAUUUUUGAGUUAAGAACUAAACACACUUCAAAAAACUGCAGCAAACAGUUUAAUCUUUAAAACUUAACUGGAUUUAUGGGGUGGGGGAAGUGUAUUUGAAUCUGGUCACUUGUAGCUGAGGAAAAAAAAAAUAAAUGGAGGCCUGAAUGCAAAGCUAUAGAUUAUCCUUAUGUUGAAGGAUAAUGUGAGCUCUGCACAUUGGUCCAGUCUAACUCCAUUCUCUCAGGAAUUCAGAGUGUUCCAAGACAACUCCACAUUCCUUUCUGUUGUGUCUCACUCAUUCCACAGAAUAUGUUUUAUAUGUAGCUAAUCUACGUCUGUAGAGAUCCCUGACAGCUUUCUAAGAAAGCCAGGUCUGUAUUUAUCGGUGCUACAGUUCCAGCCUGCCUAGACAAGGUGUAAUUGCUGAGUGUUCAUUUAAACUGGAUGAUCUCCUUCACAACCACAAUAAGUAAACAUAUUUAAGGAAAAUACAGAAAAAGCUGCAGAAGAAUGUACCUAUUUGGAUUGCCACCUCUUGUCAUUAAGGACCUGUGGAUGUUUUCACUUUUUGCACUCUCCCUAAGUUCACAAGAAGGCAGAGAAGCCACUGGGGUCUGUUCUGUGCUUCCUGAAAACUCCAUAAACCUUGUGAAAUCAGACAUUUAACCACAUGUUCUCAAACCCCCAAGUCAUGAAUGCAAGUCUGUUUUCUGGUGGCUACAUAAAUGGUAACAAUGACAACAUUCAUUAUCUUUUAUCUUGGUAUCUUCCACACAUCUAACCAUAGAUAAACAGUUUAUCCAUGCUUAGUUGUGUAGAAGAAUUUUUAAGACUAGGACAUCUUUGAAAGUAAGCGUCAUUGGGUUGGUAAACUGUUACAUUUUCAGUCCAUUGCAGUUUUGUUUUUUUUUACUUGGAUUUUUUAAUAUAGGACUCAAAGAAUUCAUAUAAAUAGCCUAUAUAAGUAUGUAAGUCUUGCUUUAUUAUGAAUAUGCACACAAUUAAUAUUUAAAGGUUUGGCCUUGGAAAAAGAAUUCUCAAAUCUUAAGACAAAGUUGGCUGCAAAUUAAUUCAUGUAUGUUCCUAAUUAAUUCAGGUAUGUUCCUAAAAAUCUGUAUGAUCUUAUAUUUAGCCUAUCUGAAAUUAACAGAUUAAGUAGAAUUCUAACAGAGGACUGGCACUGUCUAGAUGGAUAAAGUGCUGCCACUCAUCUCCUACACGUGUUUGUUCCACAUGACAGAGUUUGGCACGACACUGCUCAAAACCAAAACUAAAUGAAACCUCCAUUGCCCAAAAGUACAGAGGCUUCCUUUAAAUUAAGAAAUAGAGAUAUAGAUUUACAGUCUUCAUUUUUUCCCCUACUGGAAUGCAACUGGAAGGAGACUGGAAAUGCUACUCUGUAAGUGAAAAAUGGGAAUUCAUACUUCAAAAUACUCUGUAUUGAAACAGCAUGAUGAAAAAGCACAUAUUCUCAUGUUGAUUGGUGAGAAUGUCAUUAUAGUACAUGAGAAGAUGGUCAUUGCUUAAUUAAUAUCAAUGUUGAUCUACUUCAGCUCUUUUGUCUUUAUUCACAGAAUAUGCAUAUUAAAUUUGCUGUAUAGUAAAAUCUUACUCCUGACUUGAUUUACACUGGUUUUGCCUGUGCAUGGGUGGUAUUUUCUACACUUUGAAUAAUGCAAACCUGUUACUGUCACUAUUUAUUUAACUUAAAAUAAAGUACUUCCUUAUAACUUA